GGGAAGAAGCCGCUCCGGGAAGGUGACAACAGAAUUCAUAAAAGUGAAGAAUUUUUAAAGAAGGUGACAAAAAGAGAAGGAAAAUGCCGAAACCAAUCAAUGUAAGAGUAACCACAAUGGAUGCUGAACUGGAAUUUGCCAUUCAGCCCAAUACAACUGGCAAACAACUUUUUGACCAGGUGGUGAAAACAGUUGGUUUGCGUGAGGUCUGGUUUUUUGGGCUGCAGUAUGUGGACAGCAAAGGUUAUUCAACAUGGCUUAAACUAAAUAAAAAGGUGACACAGCAAGAUGUUAAAAAAGAGAAUCCUUUACAGUUCAAAUUUAGAGCUAAAUUCUUUCCGGAAGAUGUUUCUGAGGAAUUAAUUCAAGAAAUAACUCAGAGACUCUCCUUCCUGCAAGUUAAAGAAGCUAUCUUAAAUGAUGAGAUAUAUUGCCCACCAGAAACCGCAGUUCUUCUGGCUUCCUAUGCUGUCCAAGCCAAAUAUGGAGAUUAUAGUAAGGAGCUUCAUAAAGCAGGCUACCUGGCUAAUGACAGACUCCUACCCCAGCGUGUUUUGGAACAACACAAACUAACAAAAGAACAGUGGGAAGAAAGAAUACAAAACUGGCAUGAAGAACAUAGAGGAAUGCUAAGGGAAGAUUCUAUGAUGGAAUACCUGAAAAUUGCACAAGAUCUAGAAAUGUAUGGAGUCAACUAUUUUGAAAUAAAAAAUAAAAAGGGAACCGAAUUGUGGCUAGGCAUUGAUGCUUUGGGUCUGAAUAUUUAUGAGCAUGAUGACAAGUUAACACCUAAAAUUGGUUUUCCAUGGAGUGAAAUCAGAAAUAUUUCAUUUAAUGACAAAAAAUUUGUUAUAAAGCCAAUUGACAAAAAGGCACCUGAUUUUGUUUUUUAUGCACCUCGUCUGAGAAUCAGUAAGUGGAUUUUGGCCUUGUGUAUGGGAAACCACGAGCUCUACAUGCGGAGAAGGAAGCCUGAUACUAUCGAAGUACCACAGAUGAAGGCUCAGGCUAGGGAGGAGAAACGCCAGAAGCAGUUGGAAAGGGCACAGUUAGAGAAUGAAAAGAAGAAAAGAGAAAUAGCAGAAAAGGAAAAGGAAAGAAUAGAACGUGAAAAGGAAGAGCUAAUGGAACGUCUUAGACAAAUUGAAGAACAGACAAUGAAAGCGCAGAAAGGAUGUAUAAUAAAAAUAUUAAUGAUUUACACACAGAAAAUUACUCAAGUAAAGAAAUACUAAAGAAUAUAAGGAAGA